GAGACAAAGUUGUUUAUGAUUGAAUCUCAGAGGCAUUCUUAUCAUUUGGUAGAUCCAAGUCCAUGGCCUAUCGGGUCACUCGGAGCUUUGGCAACAACCAUAGGAGGUGUGAUGUACAUGCACCCAUUUCAAGGGGGUGUAAGUCUUCUAAGUUUGGGCCUCAUAUUUCUCCAAUAUACCAUGUUCGUAUGGUGGCGUGAUGUUCUACGUGAAUCCAUGUUGGAAGGACAUCAUACCAAAGUCAUACAAUUAGGACCUCGAUAUGGUUCUAUUCUGUUCAUCGUAUCGGAGGUUAUGUUCUUUUGCUUUUUUUGGGCUUCUUCUCAUUCUUCUUUGGCACUUGCGGUAGAGAUCGGAGGUAUUUGGCCCCCAAAAGGGAUUGGGGUUUUAGAUCCUUGGGAAAUCCCUUUUCUUAAUACCCCUAUUCUCCCUUCAUCCGGAGCUGCCGUAACUUGGGCUCAUCAUGCUAUACUCGCGGGGAAGGAAAAACGAGCAGUUUAUGCGUUAGUGGCUACCGUUUUACUGGCUCUAGUAUUUACUGGCUUUCAAGGAAUGGAAUAUUAUCAAGCACCUUUUUCGGAUAGUAUUUCGGAUAGUAUUUAUGGUUCUAACUUUUUCUUAGCAACAUGCUUUCAUGGUUUUCAUGUGAUUAUAGGUACUCUUUUCGUGAUUAUAUGUGGUAUUCGACAAUAUCUUGGUCAUCUGACGAAGGAGCAUCACGUUGGCUUUGAAGCAGCUGCAUGGUACUGGCAUUUUGUAGACGUGGUUUGGUUAUUCCUACUUGUCGCUAUCUAUUGGUGGGGAGGUAUAUGAAGGAAGGAAAGAGUGGAUUAAAAAAAUGAAAGCUCGAAGACAAAGAGAACCGGGCUUUUCCAAAGAAUUACUGCAGCUUUCCCACUCCCUUUGAUUAUCAUAUACAAUAAUGUCUCUUCCACUUUCCUACCAAAUCUCUCUUUAUUCUGGUACAUAAAUGAAGGCGUUCCUCGAAGAGAUUAUGACAGAUCAUGUUCACCAAGAAAUGACCCGAAAUUUGAUCUUGGUCUAUUUGAGAUUGUUCCUUUUAAUCGUAAUCAAAGAUAUUUUCUUGUUUCUUGUUUCUUGUUUCUUUUCUAAACAAAUUGAAGAACCUAAUGGAUCGAACUAAUCCUACGAAAGAUAUCGGAACACCAAAACUAGAAAGAAAAAAAGUAGAGCUUACUGCAAGAGUUCACCGUCAAAAGUGCAAGCUGUAAUUAUACGUUUCAGAAUCCCGCUUAAGACGUGUCUUUAGAAUACUGUUCAAAACAAGUAAUAAAUUUCGUUUACCAAGCGAAGAUUGAGGUGAUGACAAGUUUGCAACCACCAAACUCGGUAAAGGGUGUUCGAAGCUUCUUAGGACAUUAGAGUUUUAUAGGAGAUUUCUCAAGGAUUUCUCGAAGAUUGCUAGGACACUCACACAACUCUUAUGCAAAGAUGUGGCUUUUGUGUUUGAUGAGAAAUGCCUUGAGUGAGUCAUUCUUGAUGCUUAAAGAGGCUCUAGUGACCGCGCCCAUAGUCCAACCACCGGAUUGGAAUUUACCAUUUGAGGUCAUGUGCGAUGCAAGUGACUACGCGGUUGGAGCCGUUUUGGGGCAAAGGAAGGACAGGAAGUUGAGCGCCAUCUACUAUGCUAGUAGAACGUUGGACGACGCACAAGUCAACUAUGCCACCACCGCGCUUACGCUCCUCGCCGUAGUUUUCGCCUUUGAGAAGUUUAGGUCUUACUUGGUGGGCUCCAAAGUAAUAGUGCACACGGACCACUCGGCUUUGAGAUACUUAUUGGAAAAGAAAGACGCGAAACCGAGGCUACUUAGAUGGAUUUUACUUCUCCAAGAGUUUCAUUUGGUUAUAAAGGCAUUCCUCGGGUGGCUCCUAUAGUUCAACUCUUCUUGUGGCUCCUCAUACCCUUCAACACCAAAGUUUUGGUACCCUUGAUAUCCACCAUACUCUUGACAAGAGUCUACCGUCAUCUUUUGGUCACGCUUCAAUAUCUUAUCCAUUUUUGCAUUCAGCUCUUGGAUGGCAUGAUGAGAUUCAUCAUUGUUUUUCCUUGUAGUCCGAUCAUAAUCCGAGCCAUUACUCCCAUUGCUUUGUGCGAGAUACUCUACCAAAGUAUAAGUAUCGGCUUCCUUAAUUGUUUGACUCAUGAAGCUUCUCGUAGACACCAGAGCUGUGGCGUUCCUCGAAGUCACAUCUCUCGCCCAAGUUCGGCGGACUCAAUCGCACCCUUCCUUCGUCGUAUAGAAGAUAGUUACGAUCGUUGAGUUUAAUGGAGACACAACUAGUAAUAUUGAUAUUGGAAGGAAAAUGAUAAGACUAAAGAGAACCCUCCAUGGCUCUUGAUACCAUGUGAGUGUUCAUGGGCUUCCAACUCAAAACCAAUUGGCAAUGAGUGGAGAGGGUGAAAGCUUUAUAUACUAGUGUAGGUCCCUUCUCACUUUCAAUUAGGGAUUCCUAACAAAGGGAAGUCUGGAUACUUGACACAGGUUGUUCUUUCAGAAGAAGAGAAUGGUUUGUGAGUUUAUCAGAUGCUGGUAGUGGACAAGUAAAGAUGGCAAAUGACACCAUGUCAACAGUGAAGGGAAUAGGAAGUGUGAGACUGAAAAAUGAAGAUGGUUCUACUGUUUUGCUGACAAAGUUGAGAUAUGUCCCCAGGGUGAGAGCAUUACUAAUCGGGAAAGUUUGAACUAGCUGGAGAGUCAGGAUCUCUUCUCGAAAACUAUUAUCAACGUUCAACGAUUGAAUUACCUUCAGUAAAUCUAACCAGCUAAGCUACCCCUUUUAAUUAAGUUAAGAAAGGGCAGUUCUUUCGAUUACCAAUCUCAAAACUGAGAUUGCGAAGUCACAAGCUGAUGGGCUAUAUGUGAAGUUCAAAAACCCAGUUAAGAAAGGAAAGAUAUAGCUAUCAAGCUGAAACUUGAACUGGAAUUGCCUACUCUAAACCUGUUCGUAAAAGCUCCAACUAUAGCUAUAGGAGCCCAAUCUGAAACUUGAACUGGAAUUGCCUACUCUAAACCUGUUCGUAAAAGCUCCAACUAUAGCUAUAGGAGCCCAAUCUCUUGACUUUGGUAAGGCUUCUGUUGAAAUGACUUCCCCAGGUUUUGAACCCUAGAUAGCUCAGUUACUUGCGAUGGAAAGGCACUUUCAAGAAAAGACGUGAAAUCUAGUUGAGUUGUCUUAUCUAUCACUAUUCAAGCUUCCAAAUCGGAAUCCAUGAUAACCCUUUAUUCGUUAGUCAUUUCAUCCCUCUCGCUUUGCUCGAGUCACUUUCGUCCCUUCCUUUCUUCAUUUGUUUUUUGGUUGGUCUAGGUAGUUGCCUAUCUUCUUCUAAUGUAAUGGUUGGGAUUCUUUAGAUGUAGCUGAAGGAUUCAGGCAUCAUACAUAAUAGAAAGGGAAGAAACCUACCACUCUAUUACUGGGGGACGAUAUGAAAAUGUGUCUGCACAGUUCCAACUCGUGGAAAAAGGAGGACUUUGUGAAGAGCUACCAAGCCUUGAGAACAGAGCGAGCCUUACAGCUUGAAAGGAACCUGAAAGAUGGAUCUUGAAACCUUGGGGAAAGUUUCCUAAGGAGCAGAAGGGGUUCCUCCGGCGCGUCUAGCCCUACUUCUAUCAAAUUCCGGCAAGGUAAUCCAAUUGGAAAACCCUGACUGAAAGUGAGGAUGUUAUGCCGACUUAAUCUGUGGUUGAAUAUGUUAUGUCAGCUUAUAAGAGAAGAUUUUCGGCUAUAGGUCUAAGCACCUAAACUCCCCUUUUCUGGCAUGCUAUAGUUAUUAAAGUCUCUCGACGGCGGGAAUGGGAGAUUACCGGUAAACCAUCUUGAUGAAGAUUGACUUCAGCCAAAGAGAAUGAAUUGACUUUGGGUUUCUUACUAUGGCUCGAUCCGAUCAACGAAAAGAAAUCCUGAAAUUACAUAAAGAAACGCGAGAAUCUUCAAAGUUGACAUUUUCGAUUGAGAAAGUGGCAGGCGUUCCUCGAGCUCUACUUGUAGUGCCUUGCAAGGUCGUAGAACCGGUAACCCUCGUUCACCUAAAAUGGAAAAAGGUCUGUGAUUGAGAGUAAGGAACACUAGCUAUAUGCUUAACACAUGCAAGUCGAUCAGUUCGCCGUUUCGCCUAUCGGCUUGGCAGGCAAGCUACCUUGCUUGCAUUCUAUAAGCGGUAACUUCCGCACCGAGGAACGCCUGCUUAAAUUGAUGUGAAUUGAAUGAUGGUGACAGCUCUUCAAAUCCUAUUCAGUCUUAUUAGAUAUGUCACUGAAACAAUCCGUUCUGUCUCAGUUUGAUUUUCGGGUUCCGAGGAUGAGCCGGACGACGAAGCCGAGGAACGCCUCAGAUAAAGAUGUCUCAGACGCUACUCUCCCGGCAAGAACACCUUAUUCUGUUGUGAUUUUUUUGUGAUUUUUUUGGCGGGUUUGGUCAGGAGAGACAAAAGAGAGAUGCUUUCUAUCAGUCAAAAGGGGAUAGCACCCCCCGCCAUGCUCCCACGGCCCGCUUACCGAGGAAUAGAAAGGGAGGACCGGGGGCUCCAGAGCAAGUAGGGUUGGGGUAUAGAGCCGUCCAGUCUUCUUUCCUUUUAGUCGAGUUACGUCAGUACCUUUUAGUCGAGUGGCUUCUCACUCCUGUCCAGAACGAAGAGAAGGCGAAAAAGCACCGCCGAAGCAGCAUGAGCGGGCUUCAAUUGCUACGUAAAAAUAGAGCAGGAUAGCAUUUUGCGCCCACAUGUUUGAAUUUGAGGGUAAAAAGCUCGCUUGUUAUACGGGAUCCGACGCAUCCAGCAGAGCGAAGCAGCGUUCCAUUCUUUUUGGCGGCAUCCUUCCGCAUUGGCGGCGAGUGGAGUGCCACAAUCCCAUUCAUCAUUUUUGAUCUACAUAAGCCAAAGCCCUCCGCACUGGCGACGUCCCCGGCAUAAAUGCAAGGAGGAUGUAUAGCUGAUAUAGGAUCUUGUGGAACAGGAUUUGAUUCUGCAAGCGGUUCGGUACAAACAAAGAAAUUUCAAACAAAAGGAUCGGAACUCGCUGAUAGGAAA